GGAAGGCGGUUAAAGUUCCUGUUCCAAAGUCCACAAACAAUCACAGUCUUAAGAUGAGGGACCCUGUCAGCACCUGCUCGUACCACCAGUUUUACCAGAAUGUAAAACGAUUCUCAAAAACUGGGGAGUACUUCUGCAAAGAACUCAUGACGGUGUUUCAGCAGAGGGCUGAGCUGGAACAUACUUAUUCCAAAGGUCUGCAGAAACUGGCCGGCAAACUCCUCAGGGCCUCGAAAGGAAUGCCAAACAAUUCCACCUACAGCGCCUGGUGUCACGUGUCAGAUGAAAUGUACUCCAGAGCAGACGCCCACAGAUCUUUAGGAAAUGCAUUUCAACAGGAGGCAUUUCUGGAACUCCGUCAAGUCCUGGAUGAACAUAAUAAGAGAAAGAAGCCUCUUGACAGUGCCGUCGAAAGAAGUGGGAAACUUGUUACAGCAAACUGGAGUGAGCAGCUCAAGAUGAAGAAGAAAUUAGUUGUGCUAACGAAGGAACACGAGGCUCUGUUCAACUUUGUUGAAAACAACAGGCACAUUUGCACAGAAAAGGAGAAGCAAAAGAUGCUCAACAGAUUGACUAAGUCUGCAGAGUUACAGACACGAGUGGACGGGGAGUACUUCAAUAUUAACCUGGAAGGUCAUCAAAUGAGACUCAAGUGGGAAAACACAUUGAAGAACUGCUACCAGAUAAUACAGGAGCUGGAGAAAGAGAGAAUUGAAGUUCUUUGCAACAUCCUGACCAGAUACAACCUCCACAUGUCUGGCUUUGGACAGACACUAAAACACAGCCAAAGACAGAUAGAGCAACUGGUCCAAAGGGUGGAUAUGGAAAAAGACAUACAGGCCCUGGUGGAGGAAAACAGAAUCACAGCUGAUGAUAAUAAAGCUGAGUUUUUGAUGGCUGACUAUUUCGAAGAAGACAGCAAAUCGUUGAUGGACAAAGAGCGACGAAGAGAAGCCAUCAAACUCAAACUCCAGCGUUUGGACGAAACCAUAACAAAAACAAAGAAAGACAGUGAAGGAAUUGAGAAACUCAUGAAAAUGUACUCUGAAAACCCGUCCUUCUCCAAUCAAAAGAAUCUGGAAGACAUUGAACAGCAGCUCGACGAGAAUAAACUGAAACUGGAUCUCCUGGAGGCCACUCACUACAAACUGUCUUUGUCACUGUCGGAACCAGAGGGGAAGCCCAAGUCCUUUUACCGUUUCAACGACAGCAUCGUGAAGUGGAGGGAUAAGGACUGCGAGCACAGUGUGGUUCAACUGACCCGUCCAGUCAAGCUCAGGAGGACUUCACUCAGAACCAGACAGUCGCUGAGAGCUUCCAUCAUUUACAAAAGACCAAUUUCAUUUUUGAGACAACAAUCGGUUGAUCAAUCAAAAGGUUUCAACGAGGAGGGUCAACCCUCAGAUUUAACACCAGAAACUGAAGCUCUGGGACAGAACAGCGCUUUAAAAAGAACUGUGUCCCUGAGGGAAGACAGCACAAUAAAAGGCCAAACAGUGCUGUGCACCAUAGGAAAAUGUAAAGUCUUGUACAAUUUCAAGCCUGAACAAGAUGACGAAUUGACUUUAAAAGAAGGAGAUAUUUUAGACACUUACACAAAAGAGCAGAAUGGUUGGUGGUUUGGGAAACUAAAUGGAAAGACUGGUCACUUCCCGUCAGCAUAUGUUGAAGAACUGCACGUGUCGAGUGACAUCACAUUACCUGACAACUGACCACCCAACAAACCACCCAACAAAAGUGAAAUGUUGGAGGUUCCUAUAUUUCUAUGUACUGUCUAAUUAUAUUCAUGUUUUACAUUUGUUAAUAAAGUCAAAGAUACUUUUUUUC